UGGUUGGGGACCACCACCGAAAAAAAUAAUUGAUUACUACUACGAUCCGUUUAAAAAUAUUAAACCUUACUGUGAAGCUUGUUGUUCUACUGAACAUUUUUAUAAAGAUUGUAAAUUUAAAGCUAAAUUCU